GUGUGUGUGUGUGUGUGUGUGUGUGUGUGUGUAUGUGUGUGUGUGUGUGUGUGUGUGUGUCAUUAGAAUUAAACAUUGACCUGUCUUUGUUUUUCCGUUUCCAUCACAAAUCUACAACCUGUGUGUUUAUGUGGAAAACCUCAUGUUUGUGUGUGCUCUUUGCCUUACAUUUACUCAGUAACCCGUGUGCAAUUCCACAACAUCACCACAGACAUUUUUAUAUGUGUGCAAAGCUACUCAUUAUGUGACCAUGAACCCACUGAACUCAAGUGCCACUUUUACACAAAGUUGACACAGUACAGUUAUAAUUGCUACUUAUUUUUUAUUGUUGUGUCGUAAAGUAGUGUGCCACUAAAAUGACAUGGCAGUUUUUAGACUGUUUGUGUGGUUUUACUAUAGAAAGUGCAUUUCAAUACUCUGUAUUCUGUUAGCCACCUGCACAUACUUGUGUAAUGACGAUGUAGUAAAAAAAACAAAGAGUGCUGUUGCAUGCAAGGAAUAUUACGAUUUUAAACAGACUGCUGGCAGUGUUCAGUUUUGCAUACUCGUCAUGUAAAGUAUGACAGAAAGAAAGUGAGGGAGAGAGAUGGGGCAUGGCUGGCAAAGGACCCAAGCCGGACUCGAACCAUGGGCAUGCAAGCCAAUAGGGGCAGUCAUGGGUAAGCUGUUAGAGCGUCAGACUUGUUUGCCCGUUGCUGGUUCGACUCCUGAUCCGCCAGGUUGGUGGGGGGAGCAAUUUACCAUCCUCCUCCAUGAUUGAGGUACCCUGAGCAUGGUAUCGUCCCGCUGUACUGCUCCCUUUCGGGCACCAUUGGGGGCUCCCCCCUUGCACGGGCGUUGCUGGAGGUGGUGUUUGGGGUGAAGGUGGUGAUCACGGGCGAUGGCUUUGUGCCGGGCGAGCGGAGCGUGAUCGUGAUGAACCACCGCACGCGGCUGGAUUGGAUGUUCCUCUGGUGCUGCCUGCUGCGCUACAGCUACCUGCGCCUGGAGAAGAUCUGCCUCAAGGCCGCGCUCAAAGCCGUGCCUGGAUUUGGCUGGGCGAUGCAGGUGGCGUCGUUCAUCUUCAUCCAGCGUCGUUGGGAGGAGGACCGCUCCCACAUGGCCAACAUGCUGCGCUACUUCUGCAACAUCAGGGAGCCCCUGCAGCUACUGCUCUUCCCUGAGGGCACAGACCUCACCGACAACACGCGGGCGCGGAGUGAUGACUUUGCGGAGAAGAACAGGCUGCCCAAGUACGAAUAUGUGCUGCACCCCCGCACCACCGGCUUCACCUUCAUAGUCAACACCCUCCGCCAAGGUGACAACCUGGACGCGGUGCACGACAUCACGGUGGCCUACCCCAAGAACAUCCCCCAGACAGAGCGCCACCUGGUGCUGGGCCUGUUCCCGCGCGAGAUCCACUUCGACGUGCGCCGCUACCCCAUCUCCUCCCUGCCGCCCGCCGGCGACUCCGAGGCCCUGCAGGCCUGGUGCCAGGAGCGCUGGGCCGAGAAGGAGCGCCGCCUGCGCGACUUCUACGCGGCCGAGCCGCGCUGCUUCGAUACGCCCGAGGCGCGCGUGCCCCCGUGCAAGACGGAGUUGCGCGUGACGCUCAUCAAGGUGGCCUCGCUGCUCUACUGGACGUGCUUCAUCGCCGCCUCCUUCGUCGCCCUGUGGCUCUACACGCCCGUGCGUGUCUACUUCCUGGUGGCCGUGCUGUUCUACUUCGCGCAGCAGAAGCUGGCGGGAGGGGUGGAGCUGAUGGAGAUGGCCUGCUACCGCUAUUGGUUUGGAGAUGGCGGCCAUCUUGGCAGUGGCAGCGGCAGUAGCAGUCCAGGAGUGAGAGAGGAGGCCUGGAACGGGGUGGAGAAGAAGAAAGAGUAAUAUCUGGCCGUCUGAUUGGUUGGUUGGUUGGUUGAUGGACGGAUGGAUGAGCUGAUGGUAUCGUCAUCUGUUCAUCACUACCCCCUCCCACCCUAUUUAUCUUACACAUCCCAUCUCCAACCCCUCAGAGCAAGGUGGGGUGUGCGUUGGUGUUUGUGUAGGGGUGGGUGUGUUGUGUCCAGGAGACCUGCGUCUUCCUGAGACGCGCUACUUGCAGACGGAGGUGCUUAUUUGGUGUAUGGCGGCUGAGGCUUCUAGUUGUAGUAGUGGUGCUGCCGCCGUUUGCUGGCCCUGCCAUUCUCACGGAAGGUCAAGGGAGAGGAAACAAUCAAUCAAACAAAUGCUGUCUUGCUUUCCUCACGCCAAAGCUCAGAUGGAGAGUGAGAGAGAGAGAGAGAGAAAGAUGCUCACUUUUCACUUUUCCCAUCCUCCCUCCAUCCUUCCCUCCCUCUUUUCCUCCUCUCUCUAUCCCUCCCUUCCUAUCUCUCUUUAUUCUGUCACUCGCCCUUUCCUCAUGCCAAAGCUCAGACGGAUAAAGAGAUGCUCGUUCAUUCCUCUCCCUCUCCCCCUCUCUUAUUCUGUGUUUCGCUUGCCUUCGCUCACUGCUAGUGCGCUCAUAUGCUGGAUGUCUGAGACAGGGGCAUCAAGGGACAUCUUGUCCUCUGCCUGCCUCUUCUCCAAAACGACAGAAGAGAUAAAGAAAGUGAAGAAGAUGAAUGUGUGGACAGAUGCAUUCCUUGUCGGGAACAAGGCAAAAGCAAAAAAGAAAGAACAUUUCGAGAAUGAGAAAUAUCUUUGUGAGGCUCUUUGCGGUUUCAUCGACUUUGUUAUUGCACGUCAGGGGAAGAGUCUGUCGACUGUGUGAAAGUUCAUAAGGUCACCAGGAGGACGGCCAAUCACAUUUCUUUCCUGCUUAACUUUCCUCUCAUUCUUUCUCGUCUGUCUUGUUUUUUUGUGUCUUAAAUUACAGACCUCCGUCUUAUUUCCCUCUCAAAUGUUUAGCCAACCGUAUAUAUAUCAUUCACAUAUAUUACUUGAUAUGUCAGAGUAUAUACUGUUAUAUUAUCACAGCCAUAUUUUAUAAUUUAUCUUUUAAAAUAUUUUUGUGGUUUCGUUUCGUCGUGCAUUUGUGUUGUCUUCAGUUGUCGUAUUGUUUUGUUGUUGUUCUUGCUGUUUCAUGUGGUCCUUCAGGAACUGUAGCCAUAUUCACGUUACCAUGCCACACACUACGCCCCUGCCGGGGGGCAUACGUCAUAUUUUUCUGAAAAUCAAUCGCAAAUGUAGCCAAAUUUAGUGCAGGGUCGAGAGACAUUGCUCGUGUAGCCAAUUAGACCAUAUCGUUAUGCUAUUGUUAUUAGUAUUAGCGUAUUAUUACGUUAGUGUAAUUCUCGUUAUUGACAUUAGUGCCCGUUACCAGUUAGGUAUAGCAGUAAAAUCACGACAGCAUGUCUUUUACUCGUCCUGGAACCUCCUCUUCUAUAAACUGUGAUGAGUUUACACAGAGCCUGGCUCAAUUUAGCACAGGCGUGUAUGUAUGUGCACUGUAUGUGUGUGUGUCUGUAUGUGGUCUACACAUAUGUCUGUGGACGUUUGUUGGUAUUAUUGUUUUUUUGUAAAAUUUUUAAGCUGCAUCUAAACAUCUAAGCUGUUUUUUUCCUAUGGCAGGAUUAUGUACAUGUUUGAUGCUGGAUCUCAAAAGCUGUUUAUACUGCAGAUGCAUGGGUAUGAGUGUGUGUGUGCGUGAGUGUGUGUGUGCGUGACUGUGUGUGCGCGUGUCUGCGCGUUUUGUGGACACGCGUUUUAACGCAGUUGCUCCAUGGCAGUUAUUGCUGCAUGGCUGUUGGAGCUGUUGCAUGUCAAUGGCAGGGUUAGUGCCGAGGUAGUAGUGUAGUGUAGUGUAGUAUGCAGACCAACACUGUGUGGUGGCCCUUAAUAGGAACAGUCCACCGUUUGUAGAAAUGUGCUCAUUUUACACCUCCCCGCGAGCUGAGUAACCCAUUAAUGCCGGCGGCUGCAAGACCGUAAUUAAUGUGGCCUGGUAAAACCAGGCUAGUGUAAAAUUAGAUCAUUUUCAAAAAUGGCAGAUUGUUCCUUUAAAGCCAACCACCGCUGCAGACUGUAGAGAGAGCUGAGCUUAGUGACUGGUGGAGACCAGGAUCCACUCAUCUCAUCUCAUCUCAUCCCUCCAUCUCAUCCCUCCAUCUCAUCCCUCCAUCUUCCCGCACAAACACGCUGAACAACCAGGGCCACUAAUUAACACCUGCCAACCGGCCAAAUGCUGGUGAAAUAUCAGUUGGCUGGUAGAAAAUCUACUAGCAAUUUUGGCUGCCGAUGAAAAAGUGCUGGAAGUAAAGGGCCGUACACACACGUCGCUGCUAUUUACUCGCUACUUGCUCACUCGCCUACUUGCCACUCGCUCUGGGUGAUUUUGUUUACUGGUUGUCAUGGUUCCCGCUGUCCGCACCAAUAACGUCCGUACGAAACAAAAUGUAGGCCUACGCUGUUUAACGUUGAUCGUGUGCUGUGCACAACCAUGCAUAUGAGCCUUUGAUGGUGUACACUGUAGGCUAUGUAUUUUCCUCAACACUUUUAACCAAAGCGUGAUGGCGUGCAGAAGUUGGGUGGUCAGAACACCACAGGGGCAACGUCACCUGUCAAUAAUCUGUAUUCUGCAUUCCAAUUGGUUACUCGCUUAACUCGCGUCGCUCGAAGAUAAAAUAAGUUUAUCUCGGAACCCGCCCACAUGGCAUCGCUUGUACUCUCCUCGCCUACUCGCCAGCGAGACUCGCGGGAACAUGUAGACAUUCUAUUGACUUCAUCCGCUGAGCGAGUAACUAGCAGCGACGUGUGUGUACGGCCCUUAAUUGACUUUGUAUGGAAGAGCUGGCGAGGAGCGUUUUGAGCGACAUGAGCGACAGUUUGUAGCAGAACUUCAGUGAAUAUUAUGGCAAUGAGGUAUGAUGCGUUUUGUGGCAACAGCCACCAUAGCCAAUGGGAAUGAUGGACUGCUUGCAUUCUGCUUUUAAUAGCCCUACCCUGUCGCUUCUUUCGGUCUUGUCGUUCUCGCUAUGAAAAUGGUUAAGAGACGCUUUGUAGCUUUUGGCUACAAACGCUUUGUAGCUUUUGUCUCAUUUGGUGUGUUCGUGCGGGUAGACUACUCAACCUUAAGCUGAAUCACAAUCAGAUGCUGUCUUGAUGACUGACAUCCACCAUAAGAAAUGUAGUGUAUUUGUAUGCGUCUAUGUGUGUCAGGGUGUCAAUCAUGAGUUCAGAUCAGAAAGUUAAAAACUUAUUUAAAGUUUAAAAGCCUUUAAAUUGAUUUCAACCAGCUCUAAGUUGUCUGUUUGGAAUGGACACUUAAGGCAGGUAGCUCAGCUACUCUGUGAAAUGAAUGGCGUUUGUAAAAGUAAAAAAGUGGCAGACCUAGUAGUUUGUACUUGACAUGAACAUGAAUUCAGCAUUGACUUUUUAUGUGUGUUUGUAUGUUUAGAGGGAAACUGGCCUUGGACACUGUGAUUGAUAACUGUAGCUUUUGCAAAAUACUGGUCGCCAUGUACCAAUACCGUGACUACACUAUAUUUCGUAGAGACCUCAGUCCGUCUCUGAGUUCGACUUUAUUCUCUGCUUGUGUUUGUGUGAGUUGCGUCUCACACACAGGAGGCCAUCCCCUCUCCUCCUCUCAGGUUAAUAAUGGAAUCACUUUCAUGAACUAUGUAACUACUCAAGUUCAAAUAAACAUACACUUCUACAGUCA